GUUUAGGCAGGUCGUACACUGUUCAGGGACAAUGUUUAUUUUAAUAAAUUUGUAGUUCAUUUGCAACUAUAUAGUUAUAGCCGUAUGGUAUUACGUCAACAUCCUUUACUGAAGUAGUUUGUUUACUUCGGCUGUGUAGUAGAAUUUUAGUUUAAACAUGUCCCGUAGACCCCAUACAAAGUCGCGUAUAAAAGUGUGUGAUAAAUCUGUUUUCCACCUUCAAGAUAAGAAGGCAGACGAGAGCGCGUUGACGAAUGGUCUGAUUAAAUCGGCUAAGCGGACGGGGCAGCUCACCCUGAGCGGGCGCGGCCUGGGCACUGUCCCAGAAAACGUGUGGAAGAUAGAGGAGCUGGUCCUAGAGGAUGUGAAAGAAAUUGAUUUUGCGCGAGAGGAUCGACACAACUGGUGGAACAGUGAACCGCUGAAGUUCCUGGAUAUCAGUUCUAAUGCCAUUACUGCCAUUCCCCCCGAGGUCAAGCUCUUGCAGGACCUUGUCACUUUAAAGCUUCAUGACAAUGCAUUAACCUCCCUGCCAGAGGAAAUAGGGGAGCUGAAGAACCUCUCAAACCUGAGCCUGAACCACAACAAGCUGGCAGCUCUUCCGGCCUCCUUCUUCAGGCUCGGGGAGCUGCGGUGGCUCAGCCUGGCGCACAACCAGCUUCAGAAGAUACAACCUGAGUUUGGCGAUUUGGUCAUGUUGACCUUUCUGGAUCUUUCCCACAACAAAAUCGACACUUUGCCCCCGGGCAUGGGCUACCUAGUGCGCUUGGUCGAGCUCAAUCUAUCACACAACCAGCUGCAGGAACUACCGCCUGACAUCGUCAAUUUAAGGGACCUAAAGAAAAUGAACAUAAGUAACAACAAUCUACGCUCGCUGCCGGCGCUGGGCGAGCUCCGGCGGAUGGAAAUACUGGACGCAAACCACAACGACAUCCAGGAGCUGCCGGACUUCUACGGGUGCACGGCUUUGAAGGAAAUCUACUUGGCUAAUAACUACAUUAAGGAAAUAACUGAAGAGUUCUGUGACCAAAUGCAUCACUUGAACGUGUUGAACAUCAGAGACAACCAGCUGGAGGUACUCCCGGAGAAUGUGUCCUUGCUGCAGAAGUUGAAGCGACUCGACCUCAGCAACAACAGCCUGAACAAAUUACCGAAAAACCUCGGCCUCCUAACGCAACUCCAGAGCAUCAGUAUGGAUGGCAACAAACUAUCCUUCGUACGGCAAGACGUGAUCCGCGGUGGAACUGACCGUAUGAUGAAGUUCCUCCGAGACCGCAUGCACGAGGAGAUGCAAGCGGAGACCAGGGUCAACGAGGACCAGUGGCCUGACAAGUUCACAUUAAAGAAGAACCAAGCACUAAUGAUACCCGGUCGAGAACUGCGGACGGUUCCCGACGAGGUGUUCCAAAACGCGGCGGAGGCGCAAGUUCAUAUCGUCGACAUGUCCAAGAAUAUCUUGACUAAAGUGCCUACUGGCAUAUCCAUCGUACGAGACACGCUAUCACAACUAGUCCUGUCAUCGAACCACCUGUCCGAAUUGCCCCCUGAAGUGGGGCAAUGCAGGCACCUCCAACUCCUGGAUAUCAGCAAGAACAGCCUGAGUGAACUGCCGGCUGCGCUGGAGGCGCUUAAAGAACUGAGGGAGCUGGUCAUAUCGAACAACAAGUUCACCCACAUCCCGCACUGCGUGUAUUCGCUGGAGAACCUCGAGAUACUACUGGCGGCCGAGAACAAGAUCAGCGAGAUCAACGUGUCCUCGGACGCCCUAGCCAAGCUGUCUCGCCUCGCCGUGUUGGACCUCGCUAACAAUAGCAUAGCCAGUGUACCGCCGGAGCUAGGAAACUUUACACAUCUCAGGUCUCUGGAGCUGAUGGGGAACGUGUUCCGGCAGCCGCGGCACGCCAUCUUGGCAAAAGGCACCGCCUCCAUCCUGGCGUACCUCAGGGACCGCAUCCCCGCCAAAUAACCCUCGAGCCACAGACAAUACAGAUACUUCUUAUAAAAGUAAAGUUGACGGUGGCUCCACACGCUUAGUGCUUGUCACACAUGCCAAACGCGAAAAGAACACGAACAUGGUAUCCCCAUGCGUGGCGAACAUGCCAGUUUGUCCUUCUGAUGUGUUAAAAACAUCGUCAUCGAUGCAGA